GGUUUGUCUCAUGUACUUCCGUGCACAGUGCCAUGCCAUGGCAGUGCUUGAUAAUGCGUAUUAAAUUCUACAAACAGAGGAAAUAUGACGGAAGACUGUGAAAAUCAAAGUCAUGGUCAAUCAAGUAGCGGAUGCAGAUCUCUUCGUUCAUGUUUUAUAUUCACCAUUCUUCUGUUCCUGUUCCUGUGCUACUACAUUGUCCCCAAUGAACUAUCAGGAUACUGGGCUGUAACAGUUGGAUUAUUUUUUCCUGAGAAAUUCACCAUUAAAAUGAUCAACGAUUCUCUGAAUACAGUGCAAGCAGUGACUUCUGUGGAACCGUGGAAGCCUCCGGAGCCAUAUUGUGUGGCAUACCCACACAAGUAUAAUUUAGUUUUGAAUGAGCCAGAGAAGUGCCAGAAGGAAAACCCCUUCGUGGUAUUAAUGGUACCAGUAGCUCCAAGCAAUACAGCUGCUCGAGACGCCAUCCGUUCUACCUGGGGAUCAGAGAGGUUAGUUGGGGACAAGACCGUGAGCGUAUUAUUUCUGUUGGGUCUCCCGACUUCAGAAGAAAGAGAAACGCUUCAACAAAAUUUGCUACAGGAAAGUGAGAAGUAUCAUGACCUUAUACAAAGUGAUUUCUGGGACAAUUACUACAACCUCACCAUUAAGACAAUGGUAAUGCUAGAAUGGCUGACUGUUUACUGUCCGAAUGCCCUCUACGCAAUGAAAGUUGACUCUGAUGUGUUUCUCAAUGUGAAAACCUUAGUCAAUAUGCUUCUAUCUGCCCCAAAGCAGAACUAUAUGACUGGACUUGUGGCUAGGAAUGCAGUGGUACUGAGAAAUCCUGAUUCUAAAUGGUAUCUUCCAAAAACUGUUUACGAGCCACCUUUUUAUCCACCCUAUGCUCUGGGCUUGGCAUAUGUUUUCACCCUUGACCUGCCAGAGAAACUUGUUAAGGCAGCCCAACUUGUCAAACCGGUUUACAUAGAGGAUGUAUUUCUAGGUCUAUGUAUGACGCAUCUAGGAACUGAUCUGACCAAUCCACCUGAUGGAAGCCUAUUCAAUGUCUUCCCUGUAGCAUACAACUGCUGCCGCUAUUCAAAACUCAUUGCCACAACGACACGAAGCUUGAGAGACCAAGUUGACUUUUGGAAGGAUUUACAAAGACCUGGUCCAUAUUGCUAACAACAAAUAGUUAAAUCUGUGUAAUGGUCACAUGACUUACAUGCAACAAAGCUUGUCUGUCUUUUUAUCCAUGGACAACCAAAAACAGGCAAUAACAAAAUCUGGGCUAAUUAUGUGUCUUCAGGUUCACACAGCACAAUUUCAGCCCUGAUUUUAGCUUGGAAAUUGCAAAAAAUGUGCUCAUUCAUGUAGUGUGUGUUAUGAAAGACUGUGUGUCUGUGUGUUGUCAUUGACCUGUCAGCAACAACAUUUCACAGUCCUACGAUGUGAAAUGUGUUUUGACUUAAAAUGCAUCAGCGACGACCUACAGCCAAUGAGCUGGUCAAAGGGAAGUUCAGGGGAUGGAGUCAGUCAUAGAUAUGCAAAAACUUCCUUAAUUGUUUUUAUUUUUUUUAUUCAUCAUUGCAAAUCAGUGUACAGACAACUUGCUGCCCAAAUGAAUAAAUCCAUUCUUCUAUGAGAA